AUGAAUCAUAUCCUGCAUAGUUUUAAUUGUGUCUUUAUAUUAUUGACCAUUAGAUUUUGUCAAACAAGCAAAUACUUCUCAGGACGUUUAAUAGCAAACAAUUCGGAUAUUCAUGAUGAAUCCAUCAGCAAUUAUGUGUUGGACACAAAAGAUUCAAAUUAUAAUUCUCUUCUCAUUCAUCAGUGUCCCAUAGAAUGCUUUAUAGAACAUGAUUCUCAGGAUAUGGUAAAUUGUAUUUCAAACGAAGAUAAAAAGUCACUAAAACUAAAGAUGAUAUCUUGUGAACGAAAUACAGAAACUGGUGUACUUGUUCUAGGUCAUAAGGAAUCUGUCCGAGGAAUUGUGCCUGGUGCAUUGAGUCAUUUAUUGCAAACAUCAUCACCAACAACGAGCACUCUGCUAUCACGCAGUGGUCAAUUAGAAUUUCAUUUAAAUUUGAAUAUGGUUCGAUUAGAUGCAAGAUGCUUUCAAGGUUUGGGUGGAUUGGUUACUGAUGUACGUUUGUUGAAUACGGUAUAUAUGCAUCCAGAUAGUUUAAUCGACCUACAACAUUUAAGAUCAUUUGAAAUGGAGAGCGGACAAACGCCAUUAUAUUUGUCAGAUGAUUAUGUGGAGAAUGGAAAAUACUUUCAAUCGGAUGUAGAAGAAACAAUAGGACAAAUUAAUAAACCCGCAUUUAUUCGUCUAAACCCGCUAGACAAUACAGUACCGAUUACUUUUAAUUUAAACACAAAAUGUCAUAAAUGUGCACUAAUUGAUGACAAUGAUGUGAGUAACAGUAAUGAUAUGAAUGAUAGAUCUCCAACAAAACCUGAUAAUUUAAUUAUUAUAGUAUUUACAAACAAACGUGAUCUGCCAACAUCACAAUACAAUUCACUUAAGUUAAGUAUGAUAUUUCCAUAUACUUGUCCAUUAAUCAAAGAUGGAAUCGGUUGUUUAAGACAAUCUGAUCUAAUUGAAAAUGAUCACGAUAACUCAACUAAAAUGAAUUCACUUUCAAAUAAGCAACCAUUACCAGAAUCACGAUCGGAAUCCUCAUUAUUAAAUAUUUCAGUUAUUGAACAAUUGAAAACAAUGACAUCUAUACAAACGGAAAGCAAACAUACACUAUCUCUUUCAAUUAUAUUAAUAAUAUGGUGCACAAUCAUCACAAUUAGUUUUAUUGUAGUUAUAUUAAUUGUAUUAUAUUGUGUAAAAAAUCGUUUCAUUAAAAUUCCAUUGUCAACAAAAGUUGCACAAAUAACACCAUUCAGCUUGUUCCAUGUUUGUGGACAACAGAAUUCAUCGAUUGACGGUGAUGAAGUGAAUGGUAAUGAUGACGAUAAUGAUGACGGUGAUAUGGAAGAAAUCAGUUCUAAUUCAGUUUCUAGCGGAUUUUUUGCCCAACAACCUAAAACAUAUGUAACCAGUGAAAAAAAGGAAUUAAUCCCAUACACGAGUGACAAUAUGACCAAUUUUAUUAUCAGUAGUAAAAAUACUCGAAAUGGUACGAAUGAUACACGUAGUUCGUGGAGCAGUUUACAAAUAACGAACAAUCCUUCUAUAAAUGCCAGGACUAUACAAUGUCGUUGUAGUGUUAUAAGUCUUAAAGAUUCAAAACCAACCAAUUCAAACACGUAUGGUGCUUUAUGCAACAUCCUCCAGUCAAACAAACAUAACAAUCAACAACAUCCUGAUAAACGAAAUAAUCAAUACCCUUACAAAAAAACAUAUUUAUCUAAGAGACGUAGUAUUGGCAGUCAGACAGACUUUACUGAUAUUGAAUCAGAUAAUGCGGAGGCAUAUUGUACUUUAGAUAGAUAUAUUAUGCAAAAGCAUAAGAGAUAUCCAUAUACUACUACUAAUAAUAUUAAUGAUAACUUUUUAUCAAAACGCACAGCCAGUAAUCACAUUUUGCCUUAUUUUCGAAACAAUAAUUUAAACCAAAUGGAUGGAAUAGUCAUUACCAAGUCAAGUAUUUAUUCAAAUAAUUUGUUUAGCCAUAGUAAUAUCACUAUGAAUAAUAAUACUAGUGCGAAUAAUGAUAAUACUGAUAGUAAUGUGAAUAGGACUUUUCAAAAUUAUAACGAUACCUCAGUUGCUAAACGGCCAAUUAACAAUGGCACAGAUGUAUUGAUUUUAAUGAUUAAUAACAAACCUAAAUCUGUACGUAAUCUACCUCAUACAAAUCCUAUUCGUCAACUUUCAAAUCCAAUAAAUAAUCAAGGUGAAUACAUGAAAGGUGACUGGAAGCAUCACGAAGUUUCCAAUGGUUCAGUGAUCUAG